AGAUCUGAGAAGGAUCCACUCCCCGCUACUGUUCCGCCUGAUUGUUUUAUUUGGCUUCAUACAUACUUCUCUCCUCCGCCCCCUAAGUUCCUCAUAUUAUCGGUAUAUUAGAGGUUUUUGUAUUGAUGUUUACUUGCUCAACAAGAAGUUUGUGAUGUGUCUGAUGAAUGGCUGCUAGGGGCAAAAAUCUGCCUGCGUUAGAGGGUGCGGUUCAGGCUUCUGGGAUGAUGCGGCACCGUCCAUUUCCUGGUUUGAGUUUUGCUGCCGGCAGUGAGUCCCUGCCUUCUCCUCAAUUGUUGGAGAAUAAAAUUGCUGCUCAGGAAGUAGAAAUAGAGCGACUCAUUGGGGACAACCGGAAAUUGGCAAAUACUCAUUUGGCCUUAAGGGAGGCACUUGUGGCUGCUACUCAGGAUCUGCAAAAGGUGAAGUCACAUGUUAGAAGCAUCCAGACGGAAAGUGACAUACAGAUCAGAGUUUUACUGGAUAAGAUUGCUAAAAUGGAGGUAGAUAUUAGAGCUGGUGACAGCAUAAAGAAGGAACUGCAGCAGGCCCAUAUUGAUGCACAGAGCUUGGCAACUUCUAGGCAGGAAUUGAGUGCCCGAAUUCAACGCGCCACUGAGGAACUGAAGGAGGCUUGUAGCGAUGUUCAGAGUACUUCAGAUUUGCAGGCUGAACUGGACAGUUUAGUGCAAGAGCACCAAAGAUUACGUGCCACAUUUGAGUAUGAAAAGAACAACAACAUAGAGCUAGUGGAGGAAAUGAAAGCCAAGGAGAACAAUCUAAUAUCAAUGGCCAAAGAAGUUGAAGUGUUACGAGCUGAGAUUUUGAAUGUUGAGAAAAGAGUAAAAGCUCCAAACCAGUUUGGAGCUGCUACGCCUAUAGACAACAGUAGUGGUCCCUUUCUUGAUGCUUAUGGGAGAGAUCAUGGUCAGACGGCGUUUGCCUAAGUAGGAGAAAACGUUGUACCAUGUGGAGAUAACAAUGGCAUAGCAUCUGGCAAUAGUGCUGGUUGUGGCGGGGUGGUGCUGUAUGGACAGGCUCAGUUGCUCGGAGAUCAAGUUUAGUUAGUAAUAGUCAAUUAAAUAUUGCUCUGAGCUUAUCCCAUCUUGUUAAUUAGCAUGGCUGAAUUGGUAACAUUCUUUUUAAUGAAAAUUCAUUAUAGAUAACGCGAUCUCCUUUCCUGUUUUAAUUGUAACUUAAAGCCGCAAAUUCGAGCAAGGACUUCAUUGUAUAGAUUUUGAAGAAGAUAGAAAUAUUUUUCUCAAACUUUGUAACAGAAUGAGUUGAAUGUCUUUGCAAGAGUGGCCUAUGUAAUGAAUCAUGUUGCUUGUAUGGUAUUGUUGUUAUUGCU